AUGCUAAGGAUGGUCUGUAAUGAUGUAGAAGUAGAGCCGGUCCUAGCCUGCGUAGCAGGCACUUGGAAGUAGUGGGCACAAGAAAAAACGCGCCCGAGAGAAGGAGACACGGAAGUAGUGGGCACAAGAAAAAAACGCGCGCGAGAGAAGGAGACACGCGAGGGGAGAGGGAGCGCCUGCACGGAAGGCCCCCGAAAAUCGUUUCCCGCCCCCUCUCCAAUUACCUGGCAGCCGUUGCGUGAUCUGUCAAAAGUUUUUACAGAAAACGACUGACCUCGCACAAACAAAGCGUGCCGCCAAAAAGCGUUGUACAUUUUAUCUUCGGUCUAAAUAUAUCUGUUAUAAAGAUCAGCUGUCUCUCGUGUGUCUCCUUCUCUCGCGCGCGUUUUUUCUUGUGCCCACUACUUCCAAGCGCCUGCUACGCAGGCUAAGCCGUUCCCUCAGGAGAUCAGUAAAUCAUGGCGCUAACAAGCCCCCUGAUGCCCGUUUGGAUAUUCAUGCUCGAGGUUUCUGGGAGAGACAGAGAUCUGCAUUAUUCGACGUCCGGGUGUGUCACCCUAAUGCAGACUCUUAG